CUCCGGGGCUCGGGAAGGGGACGGGUCCCUCCCGAGGAGUCUCCCUGACCUGAGCCGACCUGACCUGACCUGACCUGACCUGACCUUUCUUGAGGGGCGGCCCCGGGAGGGACAUCUCGGUCCCGUCCGGCGGUGGGAGCGGCACUGGUUGCGGGGCUGCGGAACGGAGCCGCGCUCUCAGCGAGGGGCAUCAUUGUGCCAAGUUACCAUGCACUGAAGCUCAGUGAUGCCAGAAGGAUGCAGCCUCCUGCAAGCCUGCUGUAAAAUCUUUUUGCGCCAAUGUUUUUGUCUGUCUCACCGGUGUCUGUGCCACAAGGAAGAACAUUCAAACCUUCAGCAGAAGCAGCCUUUUGCUGCUUUAGCUUUAGCAAGGCUGGUCACAGCAGGCUCAGAGGAACACCAAAGAAGAGCCUGAGGAGGAAGGGAGUGGGGCCACUUCCUUUAGCAGCAAUCGCCUUGGCUUUGUUAUCAGCAGAUAUUUUGGCACAAGUUGCAGAAGGAACAUGAAGCCUGCUAGUGGGGCAGAAGGUCGGUAGGGAAUGAGACUGGGAGUUCAGAGACCACUUUGAAACAAUCCAGAAUUAAUUUCUGCAUCUGGCUACAGAUCAUGACAGCUGUCCCGGGAGAGCAAGCUCUGGCUGGAGAGAGAAUGCUUAGGAUGCCCAGCUGCCUCCUAAAAGUGACCAGGGUGGUGCUGAGCCACAGGCUUUGUGCCCUGUUUAUCCUCAUCUUUGUGUUCGUAUCCUUUGCCUACCAGAAGUUGUACUGGGGCACCUGGGAGGACCCAAAGAGCAGCGGCCCCACCUACAGCUUGUCUGCUGAGAUGAGCUGUGCUCACUAUGUGCCUUCUGCCCUUGACAUUGCUGGUGGACCCUCUCCUUCCACAGGAAAGGUGUUUUUUGUGGAGACCUCGGAGCAAACUGCCCCAAGUUACCUGUUCUCGUGCUCUGUGGAGUCAGCGGCCAGGACACACCCCACAUCAAGGGUCAUGGUGCUCAUGAAAGGCGUGGCCAAAGGUAACGCCUCCUUGCCCAAGCACUGGGCUUUCUCCUUGCUGAGUUGCUUCCCCAACGUGGAAAUCCAGCCCCUGGACCUGACAGAGCUCUUUUCUGGAACACCUCUGAAAAGGUGGUACUUACGGCCACUGCGGCACUGGGAGCCUCAUUUUUUACCGGUCCUGUCUGACGCCUGCAGAAUUGUCCUCAUGUGGAAAUUUGGUGGCAUCUACCUGGAUACAGACUUCAUUGUGCUUAAGAACUUGCAGAACCUCACCAAUGCCCUCGGCAUUCAGGGUGACGAGGUACUGAAUGGAGCCUUUCUAUCCUUUAAGGCCAAGCACAAGUUCAUGGAGCUUUGCAUGAGGGACUUUGUGGAGGACUACAAUGGCUGGGUCUGGGGGCACCAGGGCCCAGAGCUCCUAACUCGUGUCUUCAAGAAGUGGUGCUCCAUCCAGACUAUCAAGAGCAUGAGCUGCAGAGGUGUGAGUGCUCUUGCCCAAGAAGUUGUUUAUCCUAUUCCCUGGCAGGACUGGAAGAAGUUGUUUGAGGCAGUCAGUGCCUUGGAGCUUCAGAAACUCCUUAAGAACACCUAUGCAGUGCACAUAUGGAACAAACUGAGCCACGGGACCAAGUUAGAGAUCCCCUCCCAGGCUCUGCUGGCUCAGCUCUAUUCCCAGUUCUGCCCUGCCACCUAUGCAAAGAUGAAACAGGACUCUGAAGAGUUGUCAAGGCAUGCAGUAUGACCUGGGGGCCCUUGGCUGCAGGGAUGUUCCCCAGGCUGAAGGAAACAGAGUGCCUUUGACCUUCCCCAGAGUUGGUUUCUAGUCCCCAGAGCAGGUGUUCCGUGUGACAGCUCUGUGGUUUUGUAACUGAUAUUCCUGAUAUCUGCCUCAGAUCCCUUGUGUUUCAAAUUUACAGCAGUACCUGACUCCAGCCUCUCUUGCUGUCCUCCACAAGACCUGUCACUGCAGGGAAGAUUGAACCCAUUCAUCAGCAUCCUUGAGCUGGUCCUCGCUUGGUGUUCUCCAAUGGCUCUUCCUGUGAAGCCCAGCCUGAGCAGCCCCUUGUGAUGUUUCAACAGCUGUAGGAGCCCCUGCUUUGCUCUCUGUGGCAUUUUUGAGUUUGUGAAUCACUACCAGACAGUGCCAAAGGGCACAGAUUGCUGGCGCUUGGAACAGAAUUCCCUGGCUGGCAACGAUCCUUACACGUGGGGAAACACAUGAAGAGUAUAUGAAAUUUGCUUUAAGAAGCAGAAAGCAGUUUAGAUCCCAGCAUAGCUCAGUGUGAAGUUGUUCUAAACUUCUGCAGUAAGAAAAGUUCAAAUGAUGCUUCCUACUGUUUCUAGAUCCACAGCAGUGGGAUGACUUGUCUCAGUCUCCUCAGGAAAACAAAUAGACAAAAGCAGAUCUUUGAGGAGCAGAAGUUAUGAAUAUCCUUGCUCUGCUGAACUAGUUCUUGUAGGAUACCAACAUCUAAGCAGCCAUUGUCACACUCUGAAGGGGCUCAGCAUUUCCUGCUUCUGCAGUGCUGUGGGGAGGAUUACAUCCUUUUUACUGGAAUACUGAGCCCAAUGUGGAAAUCCAGAAGACAACAUGUCCACAGCAACAGAAGGACCAGGUGCAGGACUCAGAGCAGUGUCCCCGGGGGCAAAAAUAAAAAAUCAAAAGCACUUGAAUUUUGGAAAAGACCUCCAAGAUCAGGGAGUCCAACCUUCAAUUCAGUAUCACCAUACCCACAAGCCUUUGUCCCAAAGUGCCAGGUAUACUCAUUUUUUGGAGCACUUCCAGGCAUAGUGACUCCACUGCUUCCCUGGGGAGCCUGUGGCACACAGUGCUUAAGCACUCUGAAAUUCUUCCUCGUAUCCAACUGAACCUACCAUGGUGCAGGGAGUUCUGCAUCCAGCUCUGGGAUCCCAGCACAGUAAGGACAGGGAGCUUGCUGGAGCCAGGCCAGAGCAGGGACACCAAGGGGAUCAGAGGGAUGGAGCAGCUCUGCUGGGAGAAGAGGCUGAGGGAAGUGGGAGUGCUCAGCCUGGAGAAGAGAAG